AAAAUUUAUCAAUACCGGCCACCAACCCAGUCAUCGGCAGUCGCGUCGAAUCUUACGUGAGAACGUCAGAAAAGAAAAUUAGUGAAAGAUUAUAACGUUAUAAUUUACAACAAGUUUUAGCUUCUCACAAUUUAUCAAUAAACAUGGCAACUGAAGGCGGUCUCGCGCCAGAUGCAGCUGCUCCAGGAGCUGGUACUGAUGGAAUCGUUGGGGGUCCCAGGACACCUCAACAAAUUGCAUCACAAAAACGUUUGCAGCAAACACAGGCUCAAGUUGAUGAAGUUGUUGAUAUUAUGAAAACAAAUGUAGAAAAAGUACUUGAACGUGAUGCAAAGUUAUCGGAACUCGAUGAUCGAGCUGAUGCACUGCAACAAGGAGCAUCACAGUUUGAACAACAGGCGGGCAAACUUAAGAGAAAAUUCUGGUUACAAAAUUUAAAGAUGAUGAUUAUUAUGGGAGUAAUUGGACUGAUAAUAUUGGCUAUCAUCGUCGCGAACUUCAUGUAGGCGCGCAGAGAUUGGUGGAAGAAAAAAUUUAUGUAUGAGUGAGUCAGGAUUAAUCCUCAGCGGAAGCAACACGAAAGAAUGAAUUAAUGAUUGAAUUUAAUGAACAAAUAAAAAAAAGGAUUUAUGAAUAAAUAAAAUAUAAAAAGUUAACAAAAAAAAAAAAUAUAAAUAUAAAUUAUAGAUAUAAAUAAAUAAUAUAUGUAUAAAUAUGAAAAAAAUGAUGUUGCGACUCUUCCAAACUAAUUGAUAAAGGGAAAAAGGAGCGAAGAAAAAUAGAAAUCUUAAAUUAAUUAACUAAAAAAUUAACUAAUUCACAAAAGAACAUAAAAAAAAAUUCUUAAAUUAUUAGCUCCCGCUCUGUGUCUUCAUAAUUAACAAUAAAUAUUGAAUUAUCUAGCAAAUCCUCGCGUGGUCGUAUAAUGUGUAAAUAUAAUUGUAUUUCUUCGAGCAUUUAGUCUACAGAAUUGUCAUUAAUUCGAUGCAAAAAAAAACAAAGCAUAAUCGUGUUCCUCGUAAUAUUAAUUAAGAUUUAAAGAUUAUCAGAAAAAGUGAUAAAAAUAUGACAAGAAAAAUUUUGAAUAAUUAAAUACCAUGUUGAAAUAUCAAUUGAUUCAUAAUUUUCUCAUUCUGUCUGUUUCAUUCUCACGAAAAUAAAAAAAAAAAAAGACAUCAUCAACAGUAAACUAACGAAUGAACACCGAAAAAAACGUAUAAUCAGUAAAAACCCAUAUGCAACCAUGAGAAACAAGUAAAACUAAAGAGAAAAUUAUGACAACAAAAAAAUUAAGAAGAUAUAUAAAUAAAUGAAAAUUUAUGAGCAAUUGAUUAGUUAUGUUUUAAGGCUUAAUAAUAAAUUCAAAAAAAAAAAUUGAUAACAAGCAUAUAACAAUAAAUAAAAUUAUUUACCAAUGUUAUAUGUUAAUAAUUAUUAAUA